GUGUGACAGAAUUCCCUUUCUUUUUCCUUCCACAUCACUAUUGCAUCAAUCUCCAAAGUCUCCUCCCCAAAUCCCUUUUGUCCCUUCCCUUCCUCCCUGCUUCCUCUGUGUUGCCCUAGAUAGCUAAGCUACCUAGCUAGCUAGCUCUAUAUAAACCUGAACCUGGACAAAGCUCUGGAAGUCAAAAGGAAAGAAGGGGAAAAAAAAAACAAAGAGCAGUACUGGAUCUUGAGAUGCCUCAGACGCCUUCAACAAGGUGGUGCCCGACACCGGAGCAGCUGAUGAUUCUGGAGGAGAUGUACAGGAGUGGGGUGAGAACCCCAAAUGCCUCCCAAAUACAACAGAUAACUGCACACCUCUCCCUCUACGGCAAGAUUGAGGGCAAGAAUGUGUUCUACUGGUUCCAGAAUCAUAAGGCCCGGGAACGACAGAAGCUCCGCCGCCGACUCGGCCGGCAACCACAGAUGCUCCCACAGUCCGAAGGCUCUACUACCCCAGCUCUUCAAAUUCAGAAUCCAACUAAUGCCCAGGGAUGUUUCCAAGAGUCGACGCCACAAGGGAUGAAUCUGGUGGGCAAGUUGGAGGCAGCACAGGGAUACCUAGCAGAAGAAGGAGAAGAGCUGGCAUAUAAUUAUAUGUCGGCCGGCAGCUGUUCGUCGGCCGGAAUGUCAUGCUGCAAGCCGCCUCUGAAAACGCUGGAUCUGUUCCCUACAAAGAGCACGGGCAUGAAGGAUGAGUGCAGCUCCUCCAAGUCCUCAUCCUGCUCCACCUCCACCAACUAAGAAGUGCUAUU